UAUCCAGGAGCUAAAUGUUGCUGAUGAUCCAUGGUGUUGCCAUUUAUUAUUAUUUAUUUAUUAACACCCUAACACUAUCAAAAUACUUCUAAAUAUUUGAAACUCUGGUAUUUUUUUUCCAGUAUUUCUCAGUUAGAUUUUUAAGUGUUUUUUUAAAUAAAUAGCAAAUGAGUGUAUGAUUAUUUUCUGCUCUAAAGUCUCAAGACUGAGAGUCUUUGCACAGAGUGGAUGCUGAGGAGUGUACAUGAGACGUCUACGGCUGCAUGUAACAAGACGACGGCAGUAUUCUGUUCCUGGCCCAAACUCUUUAUGGCACAUAGAUGGUCACCACAAGCUUAUAAGGUGGAGAUUUGUUGUCCAUGGUGGGGUGGACGGAUUCAGUCGACUGGUGGUCUACCUGAAUGUGGCUGGCAAUAACAGGGCUAGCACUGUCCUACAGAGCUUUAUCAAUGCCGUUCAGCAGUACGGGCUGCCGUCAAGGGUACGGUCUGAUAAAGGAAGAGAGAAUUCAGACGUAGCAGAAUUCAUGAUCAGGAGCAGAGGUACCAACAGGAACUCUCACAUCACAGGCAGAAGUGUACACAAUCAGCGAAUAGAGAGGAUGUGGAGAGAUGUUUAUGAGCAUGCCCUAGACCUCUUCUAUCAGAUCUUCACUUCAUUGGAAGAUCAGGGAACACUCAAUCCAGACAACCAAGUCCAUCUUUAUGCCCUGCACCGGAUCUUCCUUCCCCAAAUUCAGAGAACCCUCAGCUCCUUCAGAGAUGCUUGGAACUUUCAUGGACUUAGAACUGAAAGGAAUCAAUCACCUAAUGAACUCUGGAGAAGAUACAGAGAGCAAGGCCCCAUGGAGGAUCCUGCAGAGGUUUAUGAAGACUAUGGGAUCGACUGGAAUGGGCCUCACAAUCAGCAUGGAGACACUGUGUCAGUUCCUGAGAUUCAGAUGGCCCGUGAGCUCUCAGAUGAAGAGGUUGCCAUUUUGCCAGUUUCAGGAGUUUCUUUAAAUGAUGCAAUUGGAUCAUAUUUGGAGACAGUGCAAGUUUUGUCAAGAAUCAUUGGAGACUGAUAUCUUAAGCAGGCCUUUUAUUUUAUUUAUUGUGCAAAUGUCACUCAUGAAUUAGUUAACUUGAUUUGUCAAUAAAAAUCUGAAAUAAUAA